GGUGGGGCCGGGGCCGGUGACGUCACGUCCGGCGGGGCGGCGCUGGGAGAUGGCGGCCGAGCGAGCGGGAGGGAGCGGCGCGGGGUCCGGGGAGGGAGCGGCCGAGCCCGGCGGCACCGAGCAGCUGCACCAGGACAACCCGCUGCUCAGCCUGCCCAUCGUCGCCAUCGACUCCAUCCUCGGCCUCAUGGCCUACGACGAGAUCAGCGGCCUGCGGCUGGUCUGCAAGCGGAUGGAUGCGAUCUGCCAGCGUCUGCUGAACCAGGGCUUCCUGAAGGUCGAGAGGUACCACAGCCUGUGUCAGAAACAGGUCAAAGCCCAGCUGCCACGCCGGGAGUCGGAGCGCCGGAACCACUCACUGGCACGCCAUGCGGACAUCUUGGCGGCGGUGGAGACCAGGCUCUCCCUCCUGAACAUGACCUUCAUGAAAUACGUCGACACAAACCUCUGCUGCUUCAUUCCAGGCAAGGUGAUCGAUGAGAUUUACCGGGUUCUGCGAUAUGUGAACUCCACACGGUCCCCGCAGCGAGCCCACGAGGUGCUGCAGGAGCUGCGGGACAUCUCCUCCAUGGCCAUGGAAUACUUCGAUGAAAAGAUCGUCCCCAUCCUGAAGAAGAAGCUGAGUAAUUCGGACAUGUCAGGCCGGCUGCUGGGAGUGCCACCAGUUCCCGGACCAUCCACCGCCCUGACGGCCGUCCAGCUCUUCUCCAAGCAGAACCCAGCACGGCAGGAGCUCUGCAAGCUGCAGCAGCAGGUGAAGGCACAGGGCCAGAACGUGACGGCCAGCCGCCGUGAGGUGUCCGAGAUCCGCCUCAAGUUCCAGGAGCAGCUGAAGCAGCUGCAGGACCAGGAGCAGAAGAUCCUGGAGCAGAACCAGAUCAUCGGCGAGCAGAGCGCCCGGCUGGCCGAACUGGACCGCAAGCUGGGCGAGCACGCCCUCAAGCACCAGCAGAGCGAGCAGAAGAUUAAGGACCUGCAGGAGCUGCUGGAGCAGGUCAUCGAGACCGGGGCGGGGGGUGGGCAGGUCCCCGCCGGGCUGAACAAGCGCAAGAGGCCUCCACCCGAGGGCAGCGCCAAGCGUCUCCGCAGCCACAAGUGAGCCGGUGUUCGCGGGAGGGCGGUUUACUGUUACCCGCGUCUGUCUGUCGGUGUGUGUGCGCAUGCGCGCGGAGCGUGACCGUCAGCUGGAGCGCGGCACGCCACCUGGUGGGGGUCAGGAGGACGGGCGCGGCAAUCGUUGGGGGGGUGGGGGGGGUGUUGUGGGGGGACAGGGAGACUGGCUCGGCAGCUGGUCACUGAGUGCAGAGUUAAACUGGGUGCUCGACUCAGUCCUAGGUAACCAGGCUCACCUCUGCAGUCUUGGAUAAUGGGAGAAUUGAACCCCCACCCUGGUCCCACUAACAGUUAAUUCAACCCUUCCCUGGGUCCUGGGUAGCAGGGUUAAACUCUGUCCCCACUCAAUCCUGGGUAUCGGAGGGUUAAACUCUGCCCCCACUCAAUCCUGGGUAACGGAGGGUUAAACUGCCCUCCCCCACCACUACACCCGCAGGUAACAGGGUUUAAACUCUGCCCCCAGUCAAUUCUGGGCAAUGGAGAGUUAAACUGUCCCCCACCACUAAACCUGGGUAAUAGAGGCUUAAAUUCUGCCCCCAGUCAAUCCUGGGUAAUGGAGAGUUAAACUCUAUAUAACCUCCUCCCCACUACACCCAGGUAAUGGAGGGUUAAGUUGCCCCCACACAAUCCUGGGUAAUGGAGGACUAAUCUCUGUACAAUCCUCCCCAUACACCCCGGGUAAUGGGUUAAACUCUUUUCUCUCUCUCUCUCUCUCUCUCCCCUCCCCCCCCCCCCCAACUGUGCCCCAGGUGACAGAGGGUUAAACUGCCCCCACUCGAUCCUGGGUAAUGGAGGGUUAAACUGCCCCCACUCGGUCCUGGGUAACAGAAGGUUAAACUGACCCCCACCACCACCCUUGAUCCAUGGUAAUCGAGGUUUAAAGUCCCCACUAGACCCCAGGUAACAGAGGAUUAAACUGUCUCCACUAUAUCCUGGGUAAUGGAGAGUUAAACUCUGUUCCCACUAGAUCCUGGGUAACAAGAGGGUUAAACUCUGUCCCCAUUAGAUCCUGGGUAACAGAGGGUUAAACUCCGCCUUUCCUCUCAUCCUAGUACCAGAGCUAAAUGGACCCAUUGCCUGGUCCUGAGUAGCAAAGGGUUACACUCUGCUGCAUCACUGAUCUUGGAUCACGGAGAGUUCGACCAGCUCCUUCCCGGGUCAUGGGUAACGAGGGUUAAACUUUGUUCUGCUCACUGCCCUGGGUAGUGGAGAGUUAAUUCCAGGCAGUGUCCUGGUACCAGGUAACAGACCCUCUGCCCCUCCCCAAAGAGUUUGGGUAACGGGGAGUGAGGUGGCGGGUAACAGACAGUGCCCAGGGUGGGCAGGGGGCUGCUGUUGUAGAAGAGCA